CCUGCCAACAGAUGAGCUGGUAAACCUGGCCAUGUACUGCGAGCGGAUUCGCUGGGACUUCUGGCUGGAGUGGCACGUGUUCCGCGAUUCCUUCUGCUCAGAUGAUGUGAGCGAGGACAGUGGCGACCCCUUUGAGCUGCUGGACUUCGGGCUUUUCUCUCCAACUGAGACCUCUGAGGAGGAGGUGACCGUGAGUAGCCUCGCCUGCUCGCUCAUGGCCGACACCGACUGCAGUGAUCCCACACCCUUCCACUCUGACACGAACAUGGAUGCCUCUGGCCAGGAGCAGGAGGAGUGUUAACCCCACCCCUGCAUGCCACACCCCCCACCCCUCCCUUGGGUGUAUGUCAUCCACCCCAGGAGGUAGACAGGCCUACAUUUUUCACUUUUGUUUCGUUUCAUAGACCGUACAUCAGGGACUGGCCAACUUAAGCUUUCAGCGACUGGCACACCUGGAGUUAGGAGUGAUGUCACUACAUGGUGAACCAAUGAAUAGGACCACCUUCCUUUUUUCUUGUAUACUUGAAGGAGUCAGGAGCAAGACGUAUUUACAUUGUAAUAUUUAAUAUUUGUUUUAUAUGCCAUUUUAGCUUGAUAUGUAUCAAUUCCUGUAAAAAGAACCUUUUGUGAAAUGGAUCAGCAUUAAGUAAUAAUAAAGUUGAGGAAUCAGCAGAGCUCUUCCUGUGACUCUUUCUCUUGCAGGUGUUUGUGUUUGUGUGAUAUUUUGUCAGAUAUAGAAACAGCAGAAGUGUUCUUGAGAUACUGGCAGCUCUGCUCCUGCUAUGUAGAUAUCAGUUCUGCUCAUUUGCAGAGUCUUAUUACACAAUUACUGUUGUGUGUGUUUAAGCACUUUUCUGUACAUAGAUCUGCAAAACUUUGUAUGACUUUAGAAGAGAUAAGACUUAUUAAUCUACAAUAACCAGAUGGUUAAACAUUGUGUAAAAAUACACAUAGAA